AAUCGGUCCCGGCAGUGGGCCGGCCGCGCGUGCCUCGGGCUGGGCUGUCAGUCUCGGCGGUCGCUCGCCCGGGGAGAGGUUGGUGGGAGCGCGAACGGCUCCCGGGCCGCGUCGCGCUUCUCACUGUCGCCGAGACGCCAUGGACGACCAGGAGCUGAUCGAGUACUUUAAUUCCCAAAUGAAAGAAGAUCCUGAUGUGGCUUCUGCUGUGGCUGCCAUCCGCACCUUGCUUGAGUUCUUGAAGAGAGACAAAGGGGAGACAAUUCAGGGUUUGAGAGCAAAUCUCAAAAAUGCCAUCACAAUCCUGUGCAGCGAAGACUCUUCUGUGGCCGUCUCCUCGGGUGGAGAGCUCUUCCUUCGAUUCAUCAGUCUCACCUCACUGGAGUACUCAGAUUACUUAAAGUGUAAGAAGAUCAUGAUUGAGCGAGGAGAGCUCUUCCUCAGGAGGAUCUCACUGUCCAGAAGUAAAAUUGCAGACCUGUGCCACACCUUCAUCAAAGAUGGAGCUAGGAUCUUAACUCAUGCCUACUCCCGAGUGGUGCUCAGGGUCCUGGAGAAAGCAGCUGCCGCCAAGAAACGCUUCAGCGUGUAUAUCACAGAGUCCCAGCCUGACUUAUCUGGGGUGAAAAUGGCAAAAGCUCUCAGCAGUUUGAAUGUGCCAGUCACUGUGAUUUUAGAUGCUGCUGUUGGCUACAUCAUGGAGAAAGUGGAUCUCGUGAUAGUUGGUGCAGAAGGAGUUGUUGAAAAUGGCGGCAUUAUUAACAAGAUUGGCACCAAUCAGGCAGCCGUGUGCGCCAAGGCACAGAACAAGCCCUUCUACGUAGUCGCAGAAAGUUUCAAGUUUGUCCGACUUUUUCCUCUGAAUCAGCAAGAUGUGCCAGAAAAGUUUAAGUACAAGGCAGACACACUGAAGUCUCUUGAAACUGGACAAGAUCUCAAAGAACACCACCCUUGGAUUGACUACACCCCGCCUUCCUUAAUCACACUACUGUUUACAGACCUUGGGGUGCUGACACCCUCAGCGGUCAGUGAUGAACUCAUCAAGCUUUACCUCUAGUUUCCAGCCCUCUUUGACCAUCAAGUUUACCAGAAACCCAGGGAGAUGAACCAAGACAAAGUGGAGUAAAUAAAACUUCCAAGCAUUAUGGACUAUUUCAAUCCAACAAGCACCAUGUGUACUCAUAUGCUUUCCUGCAUAAGACAUAGUGUCCAGUUAUCCCUUCCACGUCACAAUUUUCCCCAUUGCAGUUUCAAUGUGUCUCGAGGGUAGGCAUAAGAAAUUAAGUGGAAAUUUCGGGGCCGUUUUGCAGAAGCCACAGAUAACAUGAGAAGGCCAGCAGAUGACACAGAGCCUCUGACCAAAUACAUAAUCGAAAUUUUACAACAAGGUAUUGUAAGUUCAGAUUUCUCUGGUACAAAAGGAGGGAGGGCCAAAACAUUUUACAUGGAUUUUCCUGAUGAUUGGGGGUGCCAUGCCCCUAACCCCCAUAAUGAUAACUAUUAUAAUAAUGAUCAUUCUAAAGACACAAGAUCUUGUCUAAACCAAGAUAAUCAUUAGAAGUAUCAGUCCUCUUUUAGAGUAUAUAAAUGAAGAAAUUCAGGGCUGAAUCCAAAUUUUCUCUAUACCAUGGAAAAACUUUUUUAAUAAAAGUGUAAAUACGUAUAGGCAACUCAAGUACCCAUUUUUGCUUAUCCAAGGCCUAUCCAAAUUAAAUUUGUUUUUUCCCUUCACACUCAAACCAAAUUGCACUCAAAGUUUCCAUUUAAGAAUUGUUAACAAUC